AUGACGCACAAUAUACCGAGAUGUACGACGUUCGUAAGCAAUUACGGCCAAAGAAAUGAGAAGAAAUCAAGCGGUAAGGAGAUGAGGCUCGUGAUCGUCGUCGGAUUGCUGGCGGUCACCGUCAUCGCCCUCGUCGUAACGCUGACCUUGCAGAUGGUGGUUUUCCGCAGGAAGGAAUAUAAAGAGAUGUGUCAGAGCGAGGAGUGCAUCAAAACAGCGGCGCGAGUGAUCGGUGCGAUGAACAGAUCCGUGGAUCCUUGCCAGGACUUCUACAGCUUCGCCUGUGGCGGCUGGAUCAACAAGCACCCGAUUCCUCAAAGUCAAAGCUACUGGGACCAGCUGAGCUUGCUCAGGGAGGAACUCCUGAAGAAUUUAAGGCUCUUGCUCGAGGAGCCGGACCAGGAAGAUGAUCUCAAACCGGUAAAGCUGGCGAGAUCCCUUUACAGGACUUGUAUGGACGUCGCGAGUGUCGAGGCUCUGGGACUAGAACCCAUCUUCGAGGUGCUCAACAAAUUAGGCCUGCCGAAGGAGCCGCCGAUGCAGGGCAAAGUACCUGCUGUCGACUUACCGAGGAUAGCGGGUAUAGCGCAAAGGAUGUUGGGCCUGAACUUCCUGAUUCAUUUCUACAUCAGCGAGGACAUCCGCGACACCACGAGGAAUCGGAUGAUGAUGGAGCAAGUAUCUCCCGGAUUCAGCGAGCGUUAUCUGCUGGACCCACGAAGGUUUCACUCGGAAUUGACGGAGUACAGGAAGUACAUCAAAGCCAUGGUCGAGCUUGCAGGGGCUGGUAACAUGAGUGCGAAUUAUGCCAAUGAGAUCUUGGAGUUCAGUACAAAGAUCGCCAAAAUCAUGGCGACACCCGAGGAGCGGCGCAGCUCGGACCACCUAAUUCACGACGUGACGAUCGAGGAGCUGCAGGAAGUGACCGAUCUGCACGUGCAGCAGUGGAACUGGACGAGGUAUCUGGAGGCCGUGUUCGAGAACACGAAUGUCACGCUAAAUCCGGCCGAGGACCGAGUUAUCAUAAUGGACCUGCGCUAUUUGCAGAAAUUGCCGUUGCUGUUGGCCGCCACGCCGCACGCCACGAUAGUUCGAUUCGUCUGGUGGAACGUGUACUCGACCGUUGCCCCGUUGACGCUGCAAAAGUUCCGCGACCUCGGCUUCCAGUUCUCGCAGAAGGUCUACGGGCUGAAGGAGAAGACGGCACGCUGGAAGGGAUGCACCGGCAACGCCAACGCGAACUUCGGCAUGGCGCUCAGCUAUGUUUACGCGCAGAAACACUUUAACGAACAGGCGCGAGAGAAGGCUCUGGAGAUGUUGUUGGAUAUCAGAGCAGCAUUCGACGAGAUGGUCGCGGAAUUGGACUGGAUGGACAUCGGCACGAGAGCUCGAGCUCAUCGAAAAUUACACGCAAUGAGGCCGUUUGUAGGAUUUCCCGACUGGAUCACCAAUUCGAAGGAGUUGGACAAGUUUUACGAAGGGGCAGAGGUAAUCGAUGGAAAGUUAUUCGCGACUUUUCUGAGACUGACCAACGUGAGUGUAAGAAAAAGUUUAAACAAUCUCCGCGAAAAACCCGACAAGAAUCGCUGGAUAUCAACUGGCACGACGGUAAAUGCGUUCUAUAGCGCCAUAUUGAAUUCAGUCACUUUUCCAGCUGGCAUCCUGCAUCCACCGUUCUACGGCAACGGAUUAGAAUCCAUCAAUUACGGCGCUAUGGGGGCUAUUAUGGGCCACGAGCUUACACACGGUUUCGACGAUCAAGGUCGCAGGUAUGACGAGAACGGCAAUCUCCGGCAAUGGUGGAGCGACGAAACGUUACGACACUAUCAUGAGAAGGUGCAGUGUAUCAUCGAGCAAUACAGCAACUAUCAUUUGCCGGAGCUAGGUGAUAAUUUCACGGUAAACGGCAUCAAUACCCAGGGCGAAAACAUCGCCGACAACGGCGGCAUCAGGGAGGCUUACAGGGCGUAUCAGAGGCUGAUCGCGCGCAGCCCAUAUCAGCAAGUUCUGCCUGGUCUCGUCGACUACAGCGACGAGCAACUGUUCUUUCUGGGCUUCGCUCAGGUCUGGUGCGGAAACUAUACAAAUGGAGCACUGAAGUCCAAGGUGAUAGAGGGUGUCCAUGCACCGAAUCACUUCAGGGUAAUAGGCACGCUGUCCAACAACGCGGAGUUCGCGAAGGCGUGGAAGUGCCCUCUCGGUAGUCCCAUGAAUCCACCGCAUAAGUGUAUCUUGUGGUAGACAUUUGUCGUGUGUAACAUCCGUUCAUCGCGUCGAAAAGUCGCUAUCAUUCAUGCGAUCAGAUCCGAUUUCUCAUAUAUUCCUACUAAAAUAUAUUCUCCUUAAAUAUAUGUAGCAUCGAGAUGGCUAUUCAAUCCUGGUGAACAUGCAUGUUUCGUAAAAUUGAGAUCUCGAAAUUCGAUAGCGAGGACAAUUUCCUGAAAAAUCACAAUACAGAGACAAUAUCCUGCACGGAGGAAAAAAUCAGUUAAAUUAAUGUGACAACGAACAAACCGAAUCUUUUGAUCGAAAGAAACAGUAUGCCUUAGAAUUCAGUUUAUCAGCCAGAGAUUCUAUUUCAGUAUUUUGGUCAAAUCUAUUUCAAUAUUUUAUAUUCUGCAAGAUUGUUUCUGCACUUGGAUUUCAUAUUAUGACUCUUCGGGAAAUUACCCCAAUUUUUAAAUUUUAACACAUUUCUCUCAGGACAAUGCAUCUUCGCCAUAAUGACCAUUCCUGCAAUUUUUUUCUCUACGUAGGAAUACAUGAGAAAUCGAUUGUGACUGCGAUGAGACGACAAGCCGACUGUGUAAUUGUCGCGAACUCAUCUCCUGUUAAUAAUCUCUAAACGCGCGACAAUUGAUGCGGUGAUAAAUCGACGAAAUUGUAAAUAGACUGAUUCUUAGGAA